AUGAAAAACCAAAUUUUCCUUUAUUUUAUUGUUUCCAUUUGUGUUAGUGUUAAAUAUUGUCGCGCUUCUACAGAUGACGCAGAUAAAGAUUGGAAUAAACCUCUCAAGCAAACCACCCGCAAAACUAUCAAAUUGCAGGCAAAUAGCUGCUGGAUGUCACUCAAAGCCCAAGAACUGUUCCGGGUUAUGGAGAAAAUUGAUAAUGAAUACGCUGCAGUAAGAAAACAGGCGCAACAAUAUUUUGAUAGUAUGAAGCUUGACGAGGAUAUGAUUAAGGCCAUAUUGUUCAACAAAGGUAUUGCCGACCGAGAAAUUUUCAAACGAGGCCAAAUCCCAUCAGGAAUACACUUGGGAGGCCUGUGUAUGAUGAAGUUGCCAUAUUCAAUUGUAUUUUUUCACCGAAUGAAACUUCGAGAAGACACAUCAUUUCAACUCAACUAUUUGCACAAUGAUAUUGAGAACAUGGUACUAAGGAUUAACAUGUCGCUAAAUACUUUACAUCUGACAGGCGCUUACGACCGUUCUAUGUUGGAUAGUGAUCCUUCAGCUCUCAUAUAUUCACCUUCAUUUGGAGAACUAGAAGUUGUGAUGAAAGACGUACAAUAUACAGUACAGGGUCGCUACCGAUUGAUAACAGAAAGGCUAGUGAUCGAACUUAUCGUAUCAACCCUAGACACUAAAGAUAUCGUAUUGACGUAUGCCAAGUUAAAUGAGACCGAACCACCGAUACCGCUGGAAAAAGAGCACGUGGGAGAUUUUAUGGUGAGAUUAAAAGCUGAUUUAGACAAAUGGCUUCAAGACUAUUUCAAUGACUAUCUCAUAAUGACAAGUUUAGAAGAUGUUCCUACGAUAUCAGCCCUUCAGAAAUAUGACCAAAAAAAAGCUACAGAGCUUGCAGUAUUUACAGACGAUGCCCUAACCAUGAUGAAUAAAAAGUUAAGAGACAUAGGCGGAGAUGCUAUUCUCCUACCAGAUUUCAAAAUAUUAACUUCGUACGGUCUGAGCAUUACAAUGCAUGGUGGUACGCUACGAGGGCUGAAUACUAUGUUCAGACGAUCAGUAGCCACCACUAUUUUGGAAAGAACAAACCUUCGUUAUGUGGAUGCUAUUAUCGGCUUCAGUGAUAUGAAGGUUUCAUAUGAUUAUGAAAUUAACUUCCCACCAAGUCAGCAUUCACCGCCGACUCUCAACGGGGCGUUCAUUAUGUCAACCAACGAGCUCACCGCCCAUUUAUCUUUGGGCUUCUUAAGCGACAGAGAAAUUUUGGAAUUAGACUUUGACAUUAUUAAACGAAUGGGGGUAGAGUCUAUAACAGUAGAAGGCGGCGCCAACUUACAUAUAGCAAACUUCAAACAUUUAUUGCAACAUGAAAUUGCCACUAUAAUGUCAAGCUCCGUAACAUAUGGCGUAAGAUUGCUCAAAACUCUUCCAAAAUGCGAACCAUUCGUUCCUGGUAUGCUUAAGAAGAAGGCUGUAGCAGAAAUGGACAAAAUUCGGACUACUCCACAGAAUCUAAUCGUUUUAGUAUCUAGCAAGGAAAAAGUCUCUACCGAGAAUGAAUAA